AGGGCGGUUCUGACAGCAGGGCUUCACGUUGGUGGUGUGGAAAUCUCUGGAUGGGACUAUAAAACCUAAAACUCUUUAUUACUAACGCUUUUGUUCAGGGAAGUGAAGCAGAAAGGCUUGGGACCAGCCUUCACCUUUUUCACCACAUGAGCCAGCUUCAACCCUUUCCUUCACUCUUCAAUCCCUAAAACAGUGACUGGGCCAUCCGGAUCCUCAUUGGCUUAACCUUGCCCAGCCUACUGUGUUGUCAACUCUUAACGUAAAUUUUUUGGACAUCUCGGAUCUGCGGCAGUCAUGGAGCCCAUUUACGCUACGGGAGUGGCAGCCAAGCUGCGCAGUCAGUGGGACCGAAAUGAAGGCUUGGGCCAGAACUAUAAUGCUGUCAAGUUUUUGGGGCAGGACUACGAGAUGCUUAGGGCGCAGUGCCUCCAGAGCAGGACCUUGUUUGAGGACUCCUACUUCCCUGCCACUGCCUCUUCUCUGGGCUUUAAUGAGCUCGGACCCCGCUCCUCCAAAACGAGUGGUGUACGCUGGAUGAGGCCACCGGAGAUCUGCUCUCGUCCCCAGUUCAUCACGCAAGGAGCCACACGCACAGAUAUCUGUCAGGGAGCACUGGGUGAUUGUUGGCUGCUGGCUGCUAUUGCAUCUCUCACUCUUAAUGAUAAUCUGCUGCACCGUGUGGUUCCACAUGGACAGAGUUUCAGCGAGGGCUAUGCUGGUAUCUUUCACUUCCAGUUCUGGCAGUUUGGUGAGUGGGUUGAUGUGGUGAUUGACGACAGGCUGCCGUUUAAAGACGGGAAGCUGCUGUUCGUGCACUCGGCGGAGGGCGGCGAGUUCUGGAGCGCUCUGGUGGAAAAGGCCUACGCCAAGCUGAACGGCUGCUAUGAGGCCUUGUCAGGCGGCAGUACGUCAGAAGGCUUUGAGGACUUCACGGGUGGUGUGACGGAGAUGUACGAGCUGAGCAAACCUCCCGCUGAUCUUUACACCAUCAUAAAGAGGGCCGUGGAGAGAGGAUCUCUGCUGGGCUGCUCCAUAGAUAUCAGCAAUACUCGUGACAUGGAGGCCGUCACCUUCAAGAAACUGGUUAAAGGCCACGCCUACUCUGUGACAGGAGUGGAAGAGGUGAAUUUCAGAGGAACCCCCACCAAGCUGGUUCGCAUCAGAAACCCCUGGGGAGAGGUGGAGUGGACUGGAGCUUGGAGCGAUAAUGCUAGAGAGUGGGACAGUGUGGACCCGUCCACCAGGAGCAAACUGAAUAACCGCAGCGAGGACGGAGAGUUCUGGAUGUCGUUCCAGGACUUCCUGCGAGAGUACAGUAGGUUGGAGAUCUGUAACCUGACAGCGGAUGCUCUGGAAGCCAGUCAGAUAAAGAAGUGGAGCACAUCACUCUACCAGGGCGAGUGGAGGAGAGGUAGCACGGCUGGAGGCUGCAGGAACUACCCAGCUACAUUUUGGAUCAACCCUCAGUUCAAGAUCAACCUGAAGAUCCCGGAUUCGGCAGGAAAGAACGACUGCACCUUCCUGGUGGCUCUGAUGCAGAAAGACCGCAGGAAACAGCGCAAAGAGGGCAAAGAUAUGGAGACCAUCGGCUUCGCAGUGUACGAGGUUCCCAGUGAGUUUGUAGGUCAGCCAGCAGUUCACCUGAAGCGAGAUUAUUUCAUCACACACGGCUCCAGCGCUCGCUCUGAGACCUUCAUCAACCUGCGUGAGGUCAGCUCACGCCUCCGCCUACCUGUUGGAGAGUACAUCAUUGUCCCGUCCACGUUUGAGCCACAGAAAGAAGCCAACUUUGUGCUGCGUGUCUUCUCUGAAAAACCCGCUGACUCUGUGGAAUUGGAUGACGAAGUCAAAGCUGAUCUUCCCAAAGUGAAUUAUUUGGCUGAGAGCCAAAUUGAUGCUGGAUUCAAGGGUCUGUUCAGACAGCUGGCAGGAGCGGACAUGGAGAUCAGUGUUACAGAGCUCCAGACCAUUCUGAACAGAAUCAUCAGCAAGCAUAAGGAUCUGAAGACAGACGGCUUUACCCAGGAGGCGUGCCGCAGUAUGAUCAACCUCAUGGACGUAGAUGGCAGUGGUAAGCUGGGUCUCACAGAGUUCCACGUGCUGUGGGAGAAAAUCAAACAGUAUCUGGAAGUGUUCAGGAAGUUUGAUGUGGACAAGUCUGGCACAAUGAGCUCAUAUGAACUGCGUAUGGCCCUCGAAUCAGCAGGCAUCAAGCUGAACAACCAUAUAUUCCAGCUGAUUAUUCUGCGCUACGCAGAGCAGGACCUGACCGUUGACUUUGACAACUUCGUCUGCUGUCUAGUGCGUCUGGAGACCAUGUUCAAGACAUUUUACACUUUAGACACCGACACUGAUGGAAUCAUCUCCCUAGACUUCAACCAGUGGCUAUCACUGACUAUGUUUGUGUAAACAGACGGACAUCUGGAUGCCUGGAUGCUUGCACUGUGACCCACAUCUCCCUCCGUCUGGUCCAGAAGUGCCUUCUUCAUAUUGUUUAUUAUUAUUGCUCAAGGUGAUGGUAUUCAAUCAGUAUUUUACUCCUGUCUCUCUCUUUUUAAAGGUGUACUGGUUUAAGGAGUGUUUAAAGGGUUUACGCUGUACUGAGUCAUAUAAAAAGCCACUUCCUGUUCUUUGUGACCUUUACCCAUAUGCCAAAAACAGUAAGCCACAGUCUGAGAAGAACACAGUAUAUGUAAAGUCAUCAAUCUCGGCCUGUAAAAAUGCCUGACAGUGUAGUGUUUACAUCCUCUCUGACCAGCCAUGUGUCGGCAAUCAUACUUUUCGUAACAGAUAGGACUCUGAACCUUUCUAUGUUGUCAAAUAUGGCUGUUUUUACUUCCUCUGCCAAAUGGAUCACUUCUUCUCAAUCCUAAUCUAUCAAUCAAUUCCAGUUCAGACUGCAUCACGAUGUAUAUGAGGAAUCUUCAAGGAUUUUACUGAUGCUUGACUUUAAGGUCUCUGUAAUUGACAUUAUUUAACAUGAACAAACCAGGAACCUCAGCAUUAUUACACCAUAAAUAACUUCUGUUAACUAAUAAUCACACUAUCACUGAGUAAAAUGAAUUCCACAGUGACCAACAUAAACAGCACCUUAAUGAACAAGUUUUCAGAACUGUGGCUGAAAAGCAAGGUCCGAUAUUUACACCUGGAGACCAGCUUUCAGGACAUUUUCAACAUUACAUUUAGCUAAUUUAUCCGGAUUUGUUUUUAAUUGGGGUCUGAAUAAACAUUACUCAAUGCAAGUGUACUCAGUUAAGUUAUUUUUUUUAACAUUACUUAUGGUUUAUUAUUACUGAUGUUAAUGGUUGGUUCAUGUUAACUAAUGCAGUAAGUAAAGUAACUUAAGGGAGCGUUAAUAUCAAGUGAUUGUUUUUUAUUGUCUGUGUGUGUAUGUGCAUGCUGUUGAAAACAGUCUGAAUAUAUAACAUUUGAUUUAUAUAAAUAAAAUAAUAGAUGUCUGUAGUUUUAGGCUAUGUAACGCAAAACCUGCAUGAACCGUGAUUCUUGGGAAUCUGGACUAUCUGGGAACUUGGGUGCCAUUAAGUUUUUGUUUGUUUGUUUGUUUGUUUGUUGUUUUGUUUUUGGCCAGGAAUGUGUAAAGAAAAAAAAAA